AAGUUUGCCUGUCUCUGCAGUCAGUCUGAUACCACAUGUAGGACCAGAGCUCUCCAGCUGGGGAUGCCAUCCACUGUCAUCUGGCUCCCAAGGAGGCAUGGCCUCGGGUUGGCCUGAGGUGGGCUUUGCAGCACCUCUGCCCCAGGUCAGAUGUUGUCCAGGGUCAAGACUGGGUUGAUACCUGGAGCACAGAGGGCAUCAUGACCCAGCAAGGUUCUUCCUUGGGUCCAAACUCAGCUGCUUCUGCUGCAGAAUUGACCUCGUGGUUGUCACCUGAGCCAAGAAAAGGAAAUCAGCAGAGGUUGUCCUCCUGUGGGGUGAAGGGCUUCAGUGUUUCUGCGAGGAUGUGCCUAGAGUGGAGACAGCAGCACUCUUGGGGCCUGUACCUCAAAAAGGCAGGAUUUGGCACCAGCCCUGUCACCACUACCAAUGUCCCCAAGGCUCCUAUGAGCCAUAUUAAUCAGAGUGAAGGUCUGAGAACUUGAACUUGUAUGGAAGGAUAAGUAGUAGAAAGGACAGAGAAGUGGGUCAGAGGAACUGAGGCUAGGCACCCAGUCCUAAGGUGGCUCAGUGCCAGUCCCAGAGGGGCAGUUCCUGCUGUGUGCUGACCAUCCCGGACUGUCCACUGGCGCCAUCUCAUGGCCGCAGGCCCUCACUGCAAGAAGACACCUGCCCCAGUGGUAGGAACCAAAAUAUUCAGAUGUUCCACCCAAGUCCUGCCCUGGGACUGACACCCCCUAGGAAUCCCUCAGAGCUGUACAGAUAGUGACCUGCCCUGGUGGGGGUAUCCAUGGGAGGUCAUCCUGGGGGAUCUGCUACUGGGUGGUAAGUAGCCCAAGCUACCUGUUCUCCUGGUCCCCAGCACCGUCCAAAUCAUACAGGGAAGUCCAUGGUUGGACAGCGACCUCCUGAAUAAGCAGUAAGUGCUCAAUUUGUGCAUGACCAGGUGUUUGCCAGCAGUUCAAACCUGAACUUUCUCAGUUUGGUCCAAACUUUAAGCUCCAACUCAGUUCCUCAACUUGCUUGCCUGUAAAAUAGGUUUGGGGUGAGCUCAGGGCCCCAAUUGCUCUUUGGUUUUAGAGGUGUCCUCAGUGUCUUACAGACUGAAGUGAGUCCUCACUCCCUUUGAACGAUCAUCCUCCCAAUAUUCUGGUGGCCACUGUGACCACAGUCUACUGAGACAGCUCAGGGAAGGGGUGGGCUUGUCCCAAGGAAGAUUGUGAAUAGGGACAAAGUGGGGAAAGAGCCCAGGCCUCCGAUCCCAGCAUAGCACUCCCUCCCUGCCCCCUACCUAGUUGCCAUAUAUGCUACAAACCAAAGCCAACUUCCUCCAGGUCACCCUCCUUAAAUGCUGCCUCAGCGCCUGGAUCUGGCUUUCUGGGGACAGUGAGGAGCCACCUCUCUUUCUCUGGUUGUCCUAACAGCUCCAAGGCCUGGUUUGGUGGUAAGGAGGGGCUGGGAGGGCUUGGCCCAGGCUGGAAGAAUCCUGCUUAGGUGAGUUCCUGGGGGCAUCCCCUCUCUCCUCACCACACACACGCCUCCUGAGCUCUGGGCCUGCUUUGUGGAAGGGACAGUGAAGGGGUCGUGAAGGGGACAUGGGAGGAGCUGAUGAUAUACAAUAGAUGCUCAAUAAAUGCCUGUGGAGAAAAGGAACAGGAGGAGAGAGGGAUGAGCAUAAGCGAGUAGUUGAGUGGAUUGGCUCACAAAAGGAAGGGGAGACGGGCUGCUGGUGGAUGAGCUAUUGAAUGAUGAAGAAAGGAAGGGGGGAUGCAGGAGCUAAUGACUGGGAAAAUGAACAUGGAUUCCCAGUGGCUCUGGUGUUACAGCUAAGGAGGGACCAAGAACUUUAACCAUCCACGUACCCAUUUGACAAGUGAGACUACAGCAAGGGCUGGGAGAAAGGAGAAAGGAAACUGAUGGGCCUGUGGGGGCUGGUGGCCUCUGGUCUCCCCUUAGCCUGCCCAGUCCCCUCAGCCCCCUCUUUCCAGGAAAGAGGGGUUCCAGGAAGGACACCUUUCUCCGCCUCCUUGCCCCUCGAGGCCCAGUUUCCGCCAGGCUGAGGGGCGGCAGGGAGGCGGUGGCCCCUGCAAGGGCUAUUUCAGUCAGAGACAGCCCUGCCAGGAAACAGAGGAAGCUGUCCACCCACUGGAGGUGAUACAGCCCGACUGAGGUCUGCGUGUGGAGAGCCCCACGUCUGGCUUCCCUGGGCCCCAGUACGCUUGGGACCACCAACCUACCACAGGGACAGGAGGCUGCAUCCUCUCCAAAUGUAGGAAGCCCAGCUGGGCAGAAAUGGAGUGGGACAAUGGCACAAUCCAGGCCCAGGGCUUGCCACCCACCACCUGCGUCUACCGCGAGGACUUCAAGCGGCUGCUGCUGCCACCUGUGUACUCAGUGGUACUAGUAGCAGGCCUGCCACUCAACCUCUGUGUCAUUGCCCAGAUCUGCACGUCCCGCCGGGCUCUGACUCGCACAGCUGUGUACACCUUGAACCUGGCCCUGGCUGACCUCCUGUAUGCCUGCUCCCUGCCCUUGCUCAUCUAUAACUAUGCCCAGGGUGACCACUGGCCCUUUGGAGACCUGGCUUGCCGCCUGGUACGCUUCCUCUUCUAUGCCAACCUGCACGGCAGCAUCCUCUUCCUCACCUGCAUCAGCUUCCAGCGAUACCUGGGCAUCUGCCACCCCCUAGCACCUUGGCACAAGCGGGGGGGCCGCCGGGCUGCCUGGCUGGUGUGUGGAGCUGUGUGGCUGGUGGUGACAGCCCAGUGCCUACCCACUGCCAUCUUUGCUGCCACAGGCAUCCAGCGGAACCGCACCGUCUGCUAUGACCUGAGCCCACCCGCCCUGGCAGCCCGCUACAUGCCUUACGGUAUGGCCCUCACGGUCAUCGGUUUCCUGCUGCCCUUUGCAGCCCUGCUGGCCUGCUACUGCUGCCUGGCCCGCCGUCUGUGCCGCCAGGAUGGCCCUGCAGGGCCCGUGGCCCAGGAGCGGCGUGGCAAGGCUGCCCGCAUGGCUGUGGUGGUCGCGGCUGCCUUUGCCAUCAGCUUCCUGCCUUUCCACAUCACCAAGACGGCUUACCUGGCGGUGCGCUCUACCUCCGGCGUCUCCUGCCCUGUCCUGGAGACCUUCGCCGCUGCCUACAAAGGUACAAGGCCCUUCGCCAGUGCCAACAGCGUUCUGGAUCCCAUCCUCUUCUACUUCACCCUGCACAAGUUCCGCCGGCGGCCUCAUGAGCUCAUGCAGAAACUCACAGCCAAGUGGCAGAGGCAGGGUGGCUGAGUCUUCCUAGGCGGAACCCAGGGCCGUGCCUGUGGCCAGGACACCAGAAGUUCCACCAACCCCAAACCACACAGAGAGUUAAAAUGUAACUCAACUAGUCACAGAUAGCCCCUUGAAGACCCCAGAUCUCUCUGUGGUCACAGAGACCAAGAGGCCUGGGCCUCCAGAAGCUUCCAGUCAGUCAUAGACAGUUAAAAAAAAAAACCAUGCUAAAGGUUGGGGAUGUAGCUUAGUUGUAGAGCACUUGCCUGGCAUGCAUGAAGCCCUGAGUUCAAUUCUCAGCAUUGCCAAAACCAAACAAAAAGAUUGUUGCCGGGGACAAUGGCAUACACCUGUAAUCCCAACAGCUCAGGAGGUCAAGGCAGGACAGUCACAAGUUCAAAGCCAGUCUCAGCAACUUAGAGAGUCCCUAAGCAACUUAGCAAGACUGUCUCAAAAUAAAAAAAAAAUAAUAAUAAUUUUAAAAAAAAGAGCUGGGGAUGUGGCCCAGUGAUUGAGUGCCCUUGGGUUCAAUCCCUGGUGCCAAAAAAGAAAAAGGAAAACCAUGUUAAGCUGCUCAUAGAAAUAUAGUGUGACAUGUACUGUAACAGAGGCUUUGUACUGUAUGCUGCGCUGGAGUACAUCUGUGGAGUCCCGGAUGAAGGGGAUGAGGGAAGAUGCACAAGGAAGUGAGAGCUUCCAGGAAGUGGAAUUUGAGCUGGGUUUUAAAAGAUGAAUGAAAGCUCUCUGGUGAAGAGGAACCAAAUCCCAUUUAUUUAGCAAACAUUUACUGAGACCUGGGUGGUUCUGAGGCUCCAGAAGAACCAGACCCAGCCCUGCCCCAUACAGGCUCCCAGGUCCUGGAGGUGCAAACACAGACACAGUGAUAUCAAGGCUGGGAUAGACAGAGGCAUAACUGGAGGAGGGGUGCCCAGAAGAUCUCAUGACCCAGGCUAAGGUGUUAGGAAAGAUCCCUCUAGGAAAGGGCCAUCUGAGCCAGAUGGCAAAGGUUGAGUAGGAGUUCAGCAGAUGAGGUGGGGACACUUUAGUACAACCUGGGCCAGUCUCCUGCUGGGCUCUGCCCUGGGGCAACUGGGCUGAGCACUAAGGAGCAGGGCAUGUGGACUCCAUGUGUCCCACAGCCACUCUCCAGACAAGGACAGGAGGUGGCAAGGUGCUGCAAGCUCAGCAGGGAGAGGAAUGGGGGACACUUCUUAGAAGAGAAGGCACUGGUGGAAGGCACUGUGGGCACAAAGCCUCGAAGUAGCAAUCAGCUGAGUAUGGCUGUAAAGCAAUUAAACCUGAAAGCUUGUAUACAGGACCAGCGCCCAGAAAAGGAGCUGUGGGGCCAGAGCAUUACCUGCUAAGAAAAGCCCAGAGCCACCUCCCCUUCAUUGCCUCUUCCAAAGUGGAUCUCAAGACAAGGAUAUCCUCGGGGCCUGGGCACCACCAUGACCCCCCAAGAGAGGGGAAACAGCACUUCAACACUGCAUCAUUCUAAAAGCAGAAGCCAAAAACUUGAGAAGACUUAGGGCCGCCAGGAGGCUGCGACCCGGAGGUCCUGUGCCUGGGAAGCCCUGGUCUCAUGGCAGACUGUCCUUGCUGUGUUCCACACCUGUCCUCUCGGGUCCCUCAUUUUGACCUGUCGGAGCCUAGAAGGCUGCCUUGCUAUCCCCUGUGGAGGCGCCUCAAACACAGAUCUAAGUCUCUAAGAUCUCAGUACAAAGCCGAAAGGCAUCUUUACUGCAGGCAACUCAAGGAGGCAGGAAAGUGAAAUCAAGGGCCCAAGUCCUCAUCCCCACCUCUCCCCCAGCACUUUCCCUGACCAUUGCUCUGGGGCUCCUCAUCCUCUGUUCUGGUUUCUCUUCCCCACCCUAAACCAACCCUCCUUCCCCUGCAGUCCUCCCAGACAAGUUUCUCUCAUGUGGAACCAUCUAGCCUGCCCUUGGCUGCUGGUGCAACAGACAGCUAUAUAAGCAAGGAGUCCUCCAUUUCAGAAGGUAGAGCUGGGAGAGGAGAGGGCAGAAGAACAGGGCUGGAGAAGAACUGUGAGUGAGUUCUGGAAAAAUCUUUAAGCCCUCUGUAAUCUCCAAGGUUGCCGAGUAACAGGGACAUCCAGAGAAGGGUUUCAGGAAAUUUAACUCCUAACACUGUCAGAGGUGUAUUUGUAGAUGGUUGAGGAAGAGAAAAAAACAGGCCCAACCCACCUUGGGAAUCUACUUACUGUCCUUACUGGAGAAGCUGGUAAUUUGGACAGGAAGAACUUUGUAUUCUUUUGGCCACAGUGAGAGAGAUGUGUGGGGACAUUAGAAGACAGGGUGUUUUCAAUUCCCCAUAGGAUGCAAUGGGUACCAAGCAGGUCAGAUGUUACCCACCUUGCAUCCAGCCUGUUCAAUAGGGAAUGUGGGCAACCACAAGCAGAAGCCUGACUGAGCCCUGUUGAGAGGGCCAGGUUACUGUCCCAGCCAGCUACAGGAGCUGUGAUGUGUUGGUUACUUUUCCAGGAUUGGAAGUUGUAGGCCACAGGUAAAUUGCUUUCCCAGCUUCCCUUAGUGAGGCAAAGUAUCAUAGAGGGUACAGAGCCCCAACCAGGCCACCUGAGUAUGCAUCCAGAUUCUACCAUUUACUAGCUAUGUUACUCUAGGUAAGUUACUCAAUAAACCCCUUUGUGCCUCAGUUCCCCAACUGAACAAUUGGGAUAAUAAUACCUGACUUGCAAAUUGUUGUGAAUAUUAAAUUAAUUAAUAUGUGUGAAACAGUCCCUGCAACAUAAUAAGCAUGCAAUGAAUGUUACUAUUAUAAUUAUUUUGCCUUUUGGAACACAAGUUCCUGCAGAGUCUCUCUCUCUCUCUCUCUCUAGGAACAGCCACAGGAGGUUUCUAAACAGUUGGCUUUAAGUAAGGAUUUGCAAUACUUUCUCUAGGAGGCAGAGUCUUUUAAGGAAAAAAAGCUCUUCACACUUUUUCCAGAAUAAGGACUAUAAUUCGCAAACCCCAUCUGUUCUGAUAAGAAAGAAAAACCAUUUGUUGCAUGCCAGUACCAAGGACUCCAGAUGCUGUGUGGGGGCUUGAGUGCCCCUUUCCCUCUCUCUCCCUUUGUCUCCUUUCUCUUUCCCACCCUUUCUUUCCUCCUUACUUUAACGCAGAGCACAUCAAUGUUGGGGUGGGAGCUGGGGCUGACCCUGGGGAUGCUCCGCUCCCUGGGAUGGGAGACAGAGGGGACACAGAGGGAGUAAGGAGGUAGUGUGGUGAGGCACCUGGAUGUGGUUCAGAAAGGCCUAAAAUGUGGGUUUAGAAAGGUCCAAGGUGACUCUCCUUUGAGUUGGAGAUCUCCUGGGGGAUGGGGCAGGGCCAUUAGGCUUUGUAAUGAAACCUGGUGGGAGGAGAGGGGUUAAGGGUAUCCCUGGUGCAAGAGAGAGUAUAGGCAAAGGCCUGCAAGCUGUUGGAGGAGGGAUAGGUGGUAUAGUGACCCACGUUGAAGCUGAGAGUGAGGGCUUUGGUGCCAGUCCAGAAAAGUCCUUCAUUGAUAUCAAGGCCUAUUUACUGGGCCCUGUGGGUCCCGGGCACCAAGCAAUGUGCUUUACACACAUUUUCUCAUUUACCCAUUAUAAUACCUCCUGUGACAGAUGGGGAAACUGAGGUCACAGUGUUGGAACUAACUUGUCAAGGGUCAAGGUCACACAGCCUUUUUAUAAAAUACUGGGUUCCCCCUCUUCAUCCUCUUUCCCCUCCCUUUCUUCACCUGCUAUUCAGGUACACCUCCCCUGCACAGUCCCAGUAACUGGGGUCCCCAAGAAGGUGUAACAGAGGCAGCUGGAGGCCAACCACAAUAUCACUUCUCCCCUUUAGCUAGGCACAUGGCCUCCUAGGAUGAAAACUUUACUCCCCAGACUCUUGCAGCUAGGCAUACCAGUGGCUUACUCCUAGCAACCGGAUUUCAACAAAGCGCCCAAAGAAAGUUUCAUAUGAGGAAGGAGGAGUAUUUUUAGAGACCGGUGGAGUCUUUGCCCUCACCCCUGCCCCUUCUUAUUGUUUACAAGGUAGAGAGGACAAUUGGGGUACCAUCUUGGACAGUGAGGGCAAGGGCCCCUUCUGUGGCUGGUAGAGUAAGAAGCUGGGAGCAGCUUGGGUCUCCAACCAUUCUAAUCUGAACUUUUACAUGAGAAAUAAAUACUUAAAAAAAAAAUAGUUUUUUAGGCAUUUGUCGCCCACAGUCAAAACUAAUUCCCUUAGAUUCCAUCCUGAGCUGGUGGACCUAGGUGGAAGCCUGGCUGGGACUGGGGUGUGGGUCAGGGUCUAGGAUCAGGGUCAGGGUCUGGGCAGAGGGCAAGGCCUCACCCUAGUGGGAGCUAGGAGCCAACUCUCUGAAGACACCCAGGAAAACAAUUCCUGAAAAUGUGCAAAUCCUGGGAAGGGGACAGCCCCAGUGUGACUUGAGGCCAAGGGUGUGCAUAGGCUUCCUGGGGGAGAGUGAGAACAGAGGGCCCCUGUUUAGAGUCCUGGAAACUCCAACAGUAGCAGGCUGUGGAAGAGGAAGCCAAGGAGGUGGAAGGCAGGGGCCUGGAGGUCUCUAAACUGUGGUGGCAUGAUGGAGCAGUGGAGUUUGUGAGGGAGUGUAUCACAGCUUGGAAAUGAGGUGUCCCCUCCCAAGAGGUCCUGCGUUAAUGUAGCCAUAUUCAGAUGUAAAAUGAUAGGAAUAUGAGAGCUGUAAUACAAUCAGUCUGUUCCAGUUGGAAUGGACUGACUAUAGGCAGAUGGGGCUUGGCUAGAGGAGGUGGGUCAUUGGGUACAUUCCCCGGAAAGGCCCAUCUUCCCGGUGGCCCCUUCUCCCUCCUCUCUUUGCUUCCUGCACUAGGAGGUAAGCAGCACUCUUCUGCCAAGCCCUUCCACCAUGUUUUUCUGCCUCAUCUUGGGCCUGGAGCAAUGGAAUUGGCCAUCUAUGGACCACUGGCCAUCAUUUCUCUGGAAUCAUAAUCCCCAAAUAAACUUGUCCUCCUCUAA